CCGCCGCUCGCCCUGCGGGCGCCGCCAUGUUGAGGGUCCUCGCCGCGGGCGCGUAGGUGUCCUCAUAAGAUGCCGGCUCGGUGGCGCCCGGCUUUUUCCCCCUCAAGAUGGCGUCCAUGCGGGAGAGCGACACGGGCCUGUGGCUGCACAACAAGCUGGGGGCCACGGACGAGCUGUGGGCGCCGCCCAGCAUCGCGUCCCUGCUCACGCCCGCGGUUAUCGACAACAUCCGCCUCUGUUUCCACGGCCUCUCGUCGGCCGUGAAGCUCAAGCUGCUGCUCGGGACGCUGCACCUCCCGCGCCGCACGGUGGACGAGAUGAAGGGUGCCCUCACAGAGAUCAUCCAGCUCGCCACCCUGGACUCGGACCCCUGGGUUCUCAUGGUGGCCGACAUUCUGAAGUCCUUUCCUGAUACCGGAUCUCUUAACCUUGAUCUUGAAGAGCAGAAUCCCAACGUUCAAGAUAUUUUAGGAGAACUUAGAGAAAAGGUGAACGAGUGUGAGGCGUCGGCCAUGCUCCCGCUGGAGUGCCAGUACUUGAAUAAAAACGCCCUGACGACCCUCGCUGGGCCCCUCACUCCCCCAGUGAAACAUUUUCAGUUGAAAAGGAAACCGAAGAGUGCCACACUGAGGGCAGAGCUCCUGCAGAAAUCCACCGAGACCGCCCAGCAGCUGAAGAGGAGCGCGGGGGUGCCCUUCCACGCCAAGGGCCGGGGGCUGCUCCGGAAGAUGGACACCACGACCCCGCUCAAAGGCAUCCCGAAGCAGGCGCCCUUCCGAAGCCCCACCGCCCCCAGCGUCUUCAGCCCCGCGGGGAACCGCACUGCCAUCCCGCCGUCGAGGACGCCCCUGCGGAAGGAGAGGGGCGUGAAGCUCCUCGACAUCUCCGAGCUGGACAUGGUCGGGGCCGGCCGGGAGGCCAAGAGGAGGAGGAAGACCCUGGACGCGGAGGCGGUGGAGAAGCCAGCCAAGGAAGAGACGGUCGUGGAGAACGCCACCCCCGACUACGCGGCUGGCCUGGUGUCCACGCAGAAACUCGGGUCUCUGAACAACGAGCCUGCGCUGCCAUCCACGAGCUACCUGCCGGCGACGCCCAGCGUGGUCCCUGCCUCAUCCUACAUCCCCAGCUCCGAGGCCCCGCCAGCCCCGCCUGCCCGGGAAGCCAGCCUGCAGGCCAGCCGGCCCCCCGAGGAGCCCAGCGCCCCCAGCCCUGCGCUGCCGGCACAGUUCAAGCAGAGGGCGCCCCUGUACAACAGCGGCCUCAGCCCCGCGGCGCCCACGCCCGCGGCGCCCACCUCGCCCCUGACGCCCACCACGCCCCCGGCCGUCGCCCCCGCCACCCAGGCGCCUCCGGUGGCCAUGGUGGCCCCCCAGGCCCAGGCCCAGCCCCCCGCCCAGCAGCAGCCCAAGAAGAACCUGUCGCUCACGAGAGAGCAGAUGUUUGCCGCGCAGGAGAUGUUCAAGACGGCCAACAAGGUCACGCGGCCCGAGAAGGCCCUCAUCCUGGGCUUCAUGGCCGGCUCACGAGAGAACCCGUGCCAGGAGCAGGGCGACGUGAUCCAGAUCAAGCUGAGCGAGCACACGGAGGACCUGCCCAAGUCGGACGGCCAGGGCAGCACCACCAUGCUGGUGGACACGGUCUUCGAGAUGAACUACGCCACGGGCCAGUGGACGCGCUUCAAGAAGUACAAGCCCAUGGCCAACGUGUCCUAGGGCCACCGCCCCCGCCGGCCUGACUCGGGCUGCAGGGGACCACCGGCCCCCGACGCGCCGAGUCCCAGCCCACUUGAGCUUUAGAUUCAGUUUCUCUGGGGUGUUUUGGACUUAUUUUCUAAAUUUUAAUAUGGGUCCCUUUUGUGUGAUUUAAGACACUUUUUUGCAUUCAAUGUUACAGUUCUGAAUGUUAAACUUAGCCCCGAAAGGUGUAACUUCCUAAUCUUGGCAACAGCUCUGCCUGUUAGACUUCUGUCUUUUCUCAUUUUUUCUUCAGUCCCACUGACCGCGAGAGAGGGCUUUUCUUGCUCGUGCAGCCCUCUCCCCGCCCACGCGGCUGAGGGACCAAAGGUGGCGCCUGGUGUGGCUGAGAACAGGGCGGGGACGGCCACCAGUGCCCAGGGAUGGGGGAUGCCAGGACACGCUCACCACCCACAGGUUUUGUAUUUGUCUUUUGUACCGUUGUGAGCAUUUAAGACCAGUCCUUGGGUACCUGUUUUCAUUGUAAAAACUACCUAAUUAAAGUUUAGCUUUUCUAAAGAAAAA